AAAGAAUUAUAUAUAUAAUAAAUACAACAAUUAAACUCUUUAUUAAUCUCUUUUUCACUGAAAAUUUUCGAAAUUUUGAACUUUCCCGGCAAUAGCUUCUUCACUGAACUGAACAAUACAAAGGUUGUAAGGUUGAAGAUAUGGAUCGGGUGGUUGCAACAGUGAGUGGUUACCGUGAACUCGAGCGAUUCAAUCUUAUUAAGCUCAUUUCGCGUUCCGGUGCCAGUUACGUUGGAGAUAUGUCGAAGUCAAUUACGCAUCUGGUGUGUUGGAAGUUUGAAGGAAAGAAGUAUGACAUUGCCCGUAAGUUAAAAAUAUAUGUAGUCAACCACCGUUGGGUUGAAGACUGUAUAAAGGAAGGAAGGCGUGUCCCAGAAGAUUCUUAUACCUUGCAAAGUGGACAAGAAGUAGGGCCAUUAGUAAUGGAAGUUCCAGUCAAUGUUCAAGCAAGUACCUUAUCCAAGAAUAAAGUGGUCAGAGGCAGAUCAUGUGAUAUUGUGUCUGAAAGGCAAAAUACUGACUUCAGUUCUGGGGUCUGUGGAAUUCCUGUUUUGGAAGAUUCUUCUUUACUCAAACAGCAUGGGGAGUCAAGUUCAUAUCCACCUAGACUGUCAAGGAAAGGUAAAAGAAAUAGAGGAAAUGAUGUUAGUACCACGGGUAGACAUUCUCAUAAAGGAAGAAGGGUUGUGAAAAAUGAUGGUGAAGUGACGUUUGCUCCUAUAAUUUUGGAUUUAAGCACAGAUGACCAGCUUUGCGAAAUAGAUAGGCAAGACACUGAAGCUGCAGUUACAUCUACCCUUUCUCGCCAUGUCAAUAUUGACAAUAUUCAAGAAAAUAGUGAAGGACUUGAUGCUGGACUAUCUAGUCAAAGUAGAACUAUUGGUGGAAGUUCAGAUGGCAUUGAGCAGAGCAGAGAUUCAAAUCAUAUAUCUACUCUCAGAAAUUCAACUUUGUUUAUAGAAGAUCCUCUUCCUCUGACACAAACAUCAGUGGAUUUAUGUUCCAGUGCUGCUGAAAAGUUCUCCGACGGUGAUGUGGUUGAUAAUUUUGAUGACUCCCCUACUUCAAAUGAGUUGUCAUGUGUUAUAUGCUGGACAGAUUUCAGUUCAACAAGGGGGAUUUUGGAGUGUGGACAUCGGUUUUGUUUUUCAUGCAUCCAGGGUUGGGUUGAUUGCAGAAAAGCAAUGGGGAAAGUUUCAAACUGUCCUUUGUGCAAGGCAAGUAUUAUGAAGAUCAUGAAAGUUGAGCAUGCAGACACCACCGAUCAAAAAGCAUACUCCCAGACAAUUCCAUGUGAUUACACUAGCUCAGAUGUUUUUAUCCCAAUUGAUCAAGAAUUUCCAGACAACAGCUUAGAGUCCUCACAGGCAGGUGCUUGUGUAAUUUGUGGUGGUCGAGAACCUGAAGAUCUACUAGAGAAUUGUGAUGUUUGUCGAUGUCGAAGAAUUCAUUCCUAUUGCAUGGACCCUCCAUUACGACCAUGGACAUGCACUUCCUGCAAGGAACUUCGAAUGCUUUAUCGUAACCGCUUAUAUUAGUAAGCACUUUUGUAUCCAUCCAUUACUAUGACUCAUGGAACAUCCAAGUGUCUUGAGAGUUAAAUGUUCUAAGAAUAUCGCUAGUAUGAAGUUUGUUGUAAUUGUGAUUGUAGGGAUAACUUUCACAUGCUGUAAAAUUCAAAGCAAAACUGUAGUAUUUUAAGUGACUUCAAAUUGUCAACAUCUGUUGUUUCAAUUUGAUUUGGUUAUCUGUUCAGGAGUAAUCUCGCUGUGUGAUUUAACAUGAGUUGAGAGAGUUCAACUGAACUUUCACUUUAGAAUUCUGUUCAAUUGUAAGCACAUGACUGUUGAAGUGGAACAUCACUAAAUAAAGGCGACAACAUAGGCAUCCUUUAUUUUUUUUGAAAGAAA